GAAAAUAAUGUUCGAGUUAGAACAUCAAAAUUAAAAUUAAUACAAUUGACCUUCGUAAUGCCGUUCGUUCGACGAACAGCUGACUAGCCGACGAUCGAACAGAACCAUGGCAACGUUAAUGAAACACAUCCCCACCUUGUCGUUCGAUGUUAGACGUAGAGUUCCGACGUAUCUUUUUCAUUUUUCACAUUAUCGAGUCAACAAUCUGCAUAGAUCUAUUGUGCAAUUCGCGCAGUUGGCCGCACAGCACCGUCACCAUACAGACCCUGAAAGCUAUCCUCAAAGGAUACGCUGAUGGACGUCCUUUGGCGAUGGACGCUAAAGACAGCAGCGAGGACGAGGAAGAGACGCGGCGCGAUGUCCCGGCGCCGUUUGGCAAGUUCGAUGAAACCAUCGUGGUGCGCAAUGCCGAGGAGAUCAAGAGUCCUGUGAACCGCAGGCCUUCCACUUCCAGAAAGAGCGGGAAAACCAUGCUAACGAGUGACAGCUCGAAUACGUUGGAGUCGAGCUCGCCGCGUGGGAAACACGAUUUUCGAAGAUUUUCGGGCAUCGGUAGCGAUCCCUCGGACAGCGAAGAGAGCGACGAUGAUGACAUACAAGGACAUACAAGCAUCACCAAACCGGUCGAUUUGUAUAAUCCCAAGGAUUUCGAGAACCUGGAAACAUCGACAGAGGUGAAGGAACUGUUUCAGAACAUAACAAGGUACACGCCGCAGAAAAUCGAGCGCAACUACAAGCUGAUACCGUUCAUUCCUGACUACAUACCGGCGGUCGGCGACAUAGACGCCUUCAUAAAGGUGGCUAGGCCAGAUGGCGUGGAGGAUAAGAUCGGAUUGACGGUGCUGGACGAGCCCUGUACCGACCAGUCCGAUCCGGCGGUAUUGCACCUGCAGCUGCGCAGCCACUCGAGGAGCGCCGGUGCCGCCAGGCAGACGGUUAUCAAGAGAAUCGAGGACGCCGAGAGGAACGGCAAGUCUAUCGACAAGUGGAUUGAUGACAUGAAUCAGCUGCACCGGAGCAAACAUCCGCCGGCAGUGCAGAUGAACCGAGCGAUGCCGGACAUUGACAGUCUGAUGCAGCAAUGGCCGGCUCAGGUGGAGGACAAGUUCAACGAGAUGCAGAUGGAUCUGUCAAACCUCGACUGCGACUUGCCGCAGUUGGUUGACAUCAUCUGCAACCUCCUUGACGUCCCGGCGCGGGACGGCGCGAGACUGGAGGCCCUCCACACAUUGUUCACCUUGUUCCUAGAAGUCAGAAAUGUCGAAAGCCAGAACUUCUGAAAGUGGAUGGCGAGGAGCGCGCAUGCGGAAUUCUUGUAUUUGCUGGAAGAAGAAGGAAAGAAUGCCUCGAUCUCUUGAAU